AUGUCUAUACCACGUACUCAGGUUGCUUAUGGAUUUAAGCGUGGGCUGAAGAAAAUACAACGUUAUGAUAAUUGGCCAGUUUCCCGCCCAGCUUCGGGAGAAGUUUUGAUAGAGGUGAAAGCGGCCGGGUUAUGCCAAAGUGAUCUCCAUAUUUUAUAUGCCCAAGAGAAGCACGUUCCAGAGGAGUUUGUUAUGGGACAUGAGAUUGCGGGCCAAAUUGUUGAGAUUGGUAAGGAAGGGGUGCCUAGUAAAUAUAAAUUAGGACUUCGUGUAGCGGUGAGCAUUCCAAUAUUUUGUCGUACUUGUCUGAAUUGUCGUGGUGGUAGUGACAAUAACUGCUUGAAUUCAGAAGGAGCAUAUGGAUUAAACACUAAUGGAGGAUUUCAAAAAUAUUUGUUGGUAAAAAACUUGAACGGAUUGAUUCCAAUUCCAAACGGGGUUUCGUACGAACAGGCUGCAAUUACUUCUGAUGCGGUCUUGACACCUUUUCACGCUAUUAACAGAGCCAAAAAUGAUUUAUCUCCCACCUCUAAAGUAUUAGUCAUUGGAACUGGGGGAUUAGGUCUCAAUGCAUUGCAAAUACUCCGUAAUUAUGGAUGUUACAUAGUCGCCGUUGACGUGAAAAGCGAAACUACAGAAUUAGCUAAAGAGUUUGGUGCUUCUGAAUUUUAUCAAAACCUUCGUGAAUCCAAGCAUAAAGAGGAAUCUUUCGAUAUUUGUUUUGAUUUCUGCGGGUUACAAGACACUUUUGAUACUUGUCAGAUGUACGUCAAGCAGAGAGGGAGAAUUAUGCCGGUUGGCUUAGGAAGGUCCAAGCUAUUUUUCAAGAAUUAUGAGCUAGCAAGGAGGGAAAUUAAGGUUACUUUUUCGUUUGGAGGCACAUCUCAGGAACAAGAAGAAUGUAUGAAUUGGGUUGCACAAGGCAGAAUUAAACCGCUUUCUUCAGUAGUGUCAAUGUCAUCAUUACCAGAAUACAUGGAAAACUUGGCGAAAGGAAAAAUAAAGGGAAGAGUAGUCUUUGAGCCGAGCAAAUUAUAA